GGAAAAACAAACACCCGCAACAACUCGGUUGCCUCAUCAUUUCAUAAAGGACUGCUGCUGCCGUUCGCUGUUUCCUCGUCCCAUCAAUCAUGAGCUCUGGCGAGGAAGACGACAACGACGGAGAUAUUUCUGACGCCGCCUGGGAAGCCUGGUUGAAUCAGCAACGAGAAGAAACUCAGCGCCGUCUCUACGGAAGGGAUGACUUCGAAACAAUCUCUGUGGGAAAUGAUGAUAAUGACAGCCUUCCCUCCAUCUCGACUCGAUAUUCAUCGUCGACCAACGAAAGCCGGAGUGAUCAGUUCGUUUUUGCCGAUGCACCAAAGCCACCACAUAUUGCCAAUGCUCGAAUGACUCUGUCCAUGUUGUUUGCGAAUAGCAACUGGCAUGCCCCAGAAGGUCGAAAGUGGGUCUUCAGUGUGCUUCAAGAGUAUCCCGCCCUUGCCGGAGAAGUCUUUGCUGACCUGGACAGCGAGUUCAAGAGGCCGUUGUCUCAGCUGCUGUCGGCGCGUGCCAAUCUGGAAAUGAUCCAGACCGUCUACAAUAUGCAACCAGACGCCAUCAGCAAGGCGCAGGGAUACAUUAACGAUCUGCCACUUCAUGAUGCUUGCUGGUUUGGAAAUGACCCUGAAGUCGUCAAAUUCAUUGCCACAGAGUAUCCAGAAGCCCUUACCAUUAUCAAUGACUCUCGGAGACUCCCCAUUCAUGAUGCCAUUCGAUCUUCAAGAAUGUCAUCCACUCAACACACCCCGGACCAAAGGACCAAUUCCGAAACAAUCCGCUUUUUGCUAGACAUGUAUCCUGGCUGUAUGCAGUCGAGAGAUAAUGAUGGAAAGUCAAUCAUCGAAAGUGCUCUAUACCAUGGAUAUGACCCAGAGUUGUUGGCAUUCAUGAUCAAUGGAUAUCUGCCCGCUUCGGGAAUUGAUAGUUUUCAAUGCAGUGGAGGAUACUAUAGUUUCGACCUACCAAGAGCACAAGCAAUCCACAACAUCUUUGCUCACGUCAAGUCUUUUCGGUGUGAUCCACCUUCAUUUUCAUCCGAUGGUUUCAUCUAUCUCAUGAAUUCCUUAGCCUGCAACACUUCAUUAGAAUCCAUGGAAAUCUUGUCCUUCCCGGGCGGCCUGCUUCUAAACAACCCAGAUACUCGAGGAGGGUUUAUUCACUUCAUCGAACAAAACCAAACACUGCAAACACUAUCCAUUGUCAUCCCGAGCAUGUCCAACUUGCCUCACAGUGGAGUCUGUCUUCAAGUUCUGGAAACAGCUCUGACUUCGGCAAACACGAAAAGCAACCUGCAACGCUUGGAAUUGGGACAAAUGCUCAUCAUGGAUCGCCAGAACUUGACAAACUUCCUCCUACAUGCAAGGGCGCCUACAAGAGAACUGGUAUUCGAACAGGUUACAAUUAGACUAUCCAUUGGAUCCCUCUUUAGGAUGAGUCGUACCGCAGAAAACGCUGCAACAGGGAGGAUCCGUUCUGUUACAUUCAACAAUUGUCCCAUGGACCAGUCGACACUGGACGAUGUCUUUGAACUGUUGGCCAUGAUGCCGUCUCUAAGACGACUCAAGAUGGAAUUUAACCCUUCAGCCCCAGGUGCGAGUACAGUGUCAGAGUUGAACCUGACAGUUCCGUUGAUGAGUCUGCUGGAGCAAAACAGAUUGGAAAGCGUGGAAUUGUCAUCCAUUUUCUCAUUCGACCUGGUGCGCCUCGUGGAUAUUCUCAAGACCAAUAUUUCGCUAGAGACACUGCAAUCUUCACCCCGUUCGCUGAACACGGAAGCUCUUUGCGAGAUUCUACAGCAAAACACGACACUCAAGACCUGCGCAUUGGAGCCCACUGGUCGUCAUGAUAAAACCCGCGACAGAGCCAUCCACCUGAUGAGGCUCAACGAGUUCGGUCGUGGCACAAUACGGCAACAAGGCAUUACCAAAACCCAAUUCUUGGCGACAAUAGUGGCAGUGAAUGAAGCCGAAUCCCUGAAACUUCCAAUUCAAAAUUUCAACGUGGUGCAUGGAUUAUUGCGUGAAUCUCCUUCGUUCUGGUGCGGCCUUGCAAAUUUGUCAGAAUGGCGUUGAAGGAAAUCCUAAGAACAAAAGGGGGACAAAUCAGAUUCUUACACAACAGCUCGAAACACUGAACAUGGGAAGAAGCUAGACAAAACGAAGGUUGUACUUCAGUAAGGUAAACAAGUCUCGACACGAGCUCGCCAUGGUUGAACCCGAUAACUACUCCGGCCACAGGUCGCUCUAGAAGAUCCGUAGCCAAGCGUUACCAAACUUCAUCAUCAGUACGGUCCCAAAGGCACUACCAGCCACACAACAAUCAAUCAAUCAAUCAAUCAAUCGACACUCCAAACAGCCGAAUUAAAACAUGAUUGCCACUCACCCUGGCCUCUCCUUGAAGUGGUUACUUGUUCUUUCGGUGCCUGUGAACGUCAGUAGUCUUUUCAUGUUUUUUGCCAUGGUGAACCAGUGGCAGCACGGUGGAUGAUUCUCGAUUGCUGGUAUCUUCCUUGGCCAACCCUUGAUACUUGGACUGGUUGGCACGUCCAAACUUUUUUGUUUGCAUAACCUUGGGCAGGUUUUUAAUGUCUCCUCGUGAUUUGGCCGAUUCUGUGACUCCUUGUUCGUACUCUUUAGCACGCAGGCGGACAUCUCCUUCCUCAAAUUCAUCCUCGUCCAUGUAGUAGGCUCCACGGUGAAAGUACUUUUGCAUAAACUUGGGCUGGUCCUUGUCACUGGCAGCGUGCAUACGAUUGCUUCCGGGUUGUUGAUAUCGCCCGGAUGCCAUAUCUUCGGCCUGCGCCUGCUCAUCCGUGAGUUGUUGUCUUCGUCUAUACUCAGCUUCCAGCUGUUCCUUCUUUCGUAGUCGAUCAAUUUCC